CCAAAUUCUUUUGGUCUUCUUUUCAUAUUCUCUCUCUCUUUCUAUAUCUCUUGCUUCUUUAAGAACAAAAUCUACCCACUUGCAUUCGCCAUUGAUGCACCCCAAACAACUUCAAGCUUCACACACCCAUAUCGUAUGUGUCUUCUUUUUCGUAAAAGAACUCUCUUUUACCAAUUAAUCAGCUUUUCCUUUAAGGGUCUUCUUUUUGAAGAAUUUUUAUUCGAUUCUUGAUUCUGGCUGAAGCUUCUUUCUGACUAAAGAUCCUAACUUUCAGUCGUUUCUAAAGAAAUCUUUCUGCGGGUUCUUUUGGAUGCGAGUUUGAGUUAAUUUGUAUGUAAGAUGGAUAGCUACGAUAUGUUACGUCCGAUCAAGUACACUCAACACAAAAACGUUACAACAAUGGUGGCUGCUAACCCAUUAAUGGCGGUCAAAUCUAAGAAGUUCUCUGAUCGGCAAACGGCGUCGUUGCCAAAAGUUGUACGAAUAUCGAUGACUGACCCUGAUGCUACCGACUCCUCCAGUGACGAUGAAGACGAGUUGUUUGGACGGCGUCGGGUGAAGAAGUAUGUCAAUGAGGUUAAUAUUCAAACCUCGUUAAAAACAGCAGUGGCUGCCGUCGGUGGUCGGAAAAAGACAGCGAGAAACGGUGAAGGGUCUCUUCAAGCUAAACAAAAGGCGAUGAAGGCUGCCGGUGCUCCAGCAGUGCCGGCGGGGGGUAUUAGAAAGUUCCGGGGAGUACGACAAAGGCCAUGGGGGAAAUGGGCGGCUGAAAUUAGGGACCCAGCUAGACGUGUACGGCUGUGGCUGGGUACUUAUGAUACAGCGGAGGAAGCUGCUAUGGUGUACGACAAUGCCGCUAUUAAACUACGUGGGCCCGACGCUUUAACCAAUUUUGUGACGCCGCCGGCCAAAGAAACUACGCCGGAGAUUAACGUUCCGUCAACGUCCGGUUAUGAGUCAGGCGAAGAGUCAAACAACCUUCCAUCUCCGACAUCAGUGUUACGGUUCGAAAGCGAGAGCAACUCAAAAGAAGGACUUGAACCGGUCAAGGAAGCCGAGGAGUGUCAAUCAGACAAUGGGUCGGGUCAGGAGAGAUUUGACUAUGAAAUGAUCCAUGAACUUGGAGCGGGUGAAUUAGGAGAUUUCACAAUGGAUCAAUUAGAAAUGGAUGAUCCAUUCUUGGAUAAUCUAUUCGACUUCCCAACCCGUGACCAGCUCCACUUUGAUGACGAAUCACCAUUCCUAAAAUACUCUCCAAUCGACGAGUUCGACUUACCCGACCCGAUCCAUAUUGAAAACGAAGCCCCAUCAUCAGAGUUUGUAACAGACGAUAAUUUUGCGACACUACCAUUUGAAGACACCCAAAUAUGGUGCAAUGAUGCUACCAACAAUUCAUUAUGGGACGAAGACUUUGGAAUCUGUAAUGAUAUGAUGCUGGAUGUUACUUCAUCAUCGAUACUGAAGGUUGAUGACUACUUUCAAGAUAUUACUGGCGAUUUUCUUCCUGCUGAUGUUCUGAUGACAGGAUGUUUUUAAAACAUAAGCAUCCCUCCGUUGGAUGGUUCAUACUUGAUACUUGAUAUGCCAUCCAACAAAUUUUGCACCGAUACAUGAAACGGUUAUCAUAAUAGUAAUGUUACCAUCUAUAUAUUUAUUAAUUAAUUAGGAAAUUUUCUUUUAAUUUAUGUAUCUCUGAAAACGGAGAUUUGAGUGA